AUGAUGAAUUGGACAGGCGGCCAACUGCAGCGUCAUCACAAUCGCUCAGGCCUGUUGACCAAAGCUCAGAAGCAGAAUUUUGCCAGGGCGAGACUCCAAAAUGGCACGGUCAUUCCCCCGCCUUCGCCAUUCCGAAACUUCCCUGAUAUUGGAUUCAAGGGCUCGAGCACUAGGGACAAGGAUGAGACAGAGACAAAUGGAAAUCAAGUUGCGGAAGAGCCGGUCUCACAUUCAACUGGUGGUCAGUCCACUCAUAGUGGCAAUGACUUGACCGAGGUCAAGCGCCAGCUGCUGAAAGAACCUGAUUGGGCAGCCGUGUCUGCUACACGUCCACUCGAGCUUGAAUUCACAUCUGUGGAGGAAGUCGAGCGGUUUGGGAAGCGACGAAAGCUAAAUGGCAAGGACAGGAAACGGCUUGACAACAAUGGGUCUACUCUUUUUGAGCGGCCUAGACCUCUACGAAGAGCCAGAAAUUCUUCCUCGGUAAUCGACACCAUUGAAGAAGACAUCCAGUUUGAGUUCAGCGGACGACCCGUGGUGCAAUCCAAUGAUAGCUCAAGGGUGACCAUGAACAGCAUGUCAUCACAGUCAAUGCUACUUGAUCACGAGGGAUCUCCUGUUGUGGAACAGGACCUGGGGAAAGAGAACCUGACAGCUACCUGGAUUACCAAUCUCUUUCCCCGUUCACAAUUACCUUAG